UCUUCAAAUUACUCGGAAGAUGUAUGUUUGCAUUUGUUCUGGCAUGUCCAUGUUGUUUUCCAUUUCUCUCUUUUUCCUUUUAUCAUUGCCCUCUGUCACUCUCUCUUUCAAAUCUACUUUGCUGCCUCUUCCCUCAAACACAUCAGCCCCUGAGGCCCUCGCUUUUGAUCCUGCCGGCGCAGGCCCUUACACUGGCGUCUCCGAUGGCCGAAUUCUCAAAUACCUCAAUCCCCGUGUCGGUUUCGUAGAUUUUGCCGUUUCUAAUCCGACUAGGUCGAAGCUGCUCUGUGAUGGAUCAAAUAGCACUAAAGGGCCAGCUUGUGGCCGUCCAUUAGGUCUUGAAUUUAACGUCAAAACCGGUAUUCUUUACGUCGCUGAUGCUUAUUUCGGCCUUGUAUCGGUUGCCACCGGCGGAGGCGUUGCCACACAGCUUGCCACAUCUGCAGAAAACGUUCCUUUCCGGUUUCUCAAUGCUCUGGACAUAGAUCAGGACACUGGAAUUGUUUACUUCGUUGACACCAGCACUAAAUUUCCCCGAGGCAAAUUCAACGAGGGUCUUCUCAGCAAAGACAAGACCGGAAGAUUAAUGAAAUACGACCCUGAAACCAGAGAGGUGACAGUGUUGCAGAGGAAACUUGGAAUGCCGACAGGCGUGGCGGUAAGCAAAGCCGGAAACUUUCUGCUCUACACAGAAGCAGUUUUCGGAAGAGCACAAAAGUUUUGGCUGACGGGCCCUAAAGCUAAGACUUCAGAGAUUUUUGCGACGUUCGAAGGACGAGGAGAUAACAUCAAGAGGAACGGAAAAGGGGAAUUCUGGAUUCCAGAUAAUUCAAAUACUACGUCGUUGGGGAAGAGAUUCGGGGAAGAUGGCAAGGUUUUGGAGACAGUGACUUUGAGUGAAGAACCGGCGAUACGGCACAGUGAAGUGCAAGAGUUUGAAGGGAAGAUAUAUCUGGUAUCUGCAGGAUUAAAUGUGAACUAUGUUAAAAUUCUAUGUGGAUGAAUAGUUUGACAAGCAAAUAAGUGAUUUCUUAUUUUA